AUGCAUCUUUCGCAAUCAGUACUCACAGUACUCGGUACUGCCACUCAAGUAUCUGAAUGGGGCUACAAUGCUCAUGACGGCCCUUUGCUGUGGUCUAGUCUCAACACAAUUUGGGGGACGUGCCGCACAGGAAGGCACCAGUCUCCAAUUAACCUUGAUAAUAGAGUCGAUGGAGUUGUUCUUGGAGAUACAAACGAAUAUCAUCUACAAUAUGCCUCGCCUCUCGUGGAUGUACCAUUUUACAACACACACCACACUGUGAAACUCGACGUAGAAACCAACAGCAAAGACUCUACUCUAACCUUCGGAGGUGCAAUCUAUACCCUUGAAUCAAUCCAUUUCCACGUCCCCAGCGAACAUCAAAUUCGGGGCGAGUCUUCCUCUAUGGAAGUACACCUUGUGCAUAAAAGUAGAACUCCAACUCCGACUUUAGCAGUCAUAGGCUUCGCCAUCGAAGUUUCGGCAGGAACUUCCAAUGCUCAACUCAACACAAUUCUCUCUCGAGCAAGGGACGCGCAACCACCAGGUUCCAAUGCUGGGUUCAGUUUUCCAAUUUUGUACCUUGACACCAUAGUUCAACAUUUCAAGAGAAAUCUAGUUUACCGAUACUCGGGCUCCUUGACGACCCCACCAUGCGAGGAGAAUGUAGAAUGGCUCUUCAGCGCCGAGCCAUUGGCGAUUGACAUCGGCGCGUUCAAGAUAGCAAAAAAUGUUUCAGGGUCCAAUUUGAGAUAUAUACAGAGCAACCCCGGGGUUAAAAAUGUGCUUCAGGAGGCUUGCAGUCGCAAAUAG